GGCUUAUGCAUAUCAUCGAAACACGGAAAGUCCUGGACCUCAGGAUCAACUUGAAGCCUUCCUAUCUUCUGAUCCCACAAACCGGCUUCCACCACGAAAAGUCAAACUUGCUUAUUUUGGACCUCGGUACUUUCCAGCUGAAGAGCAUCAGCCAAGGUCACCACCAGAACUCCAGCAGUUCCUUGGAGGAGAUCAUGGACAAAGCCUAUGACAGAUUUGAUGUCGAAAUCAAGAACGUACAGCUGCUGUUUGGCAGAUCAGGGGAAGAUUGGAAAAAGGCCCGGUCUGAGCCCGCAUCCCUGCUGCACAUAUUACGUCCCAUGGACAUCCGUGUCCAAGUUGCCAAAUCUAUGGUGGAGAAGGACGUCAGGAUGGCAAAGUUUAAAGUGUCAGGCGAGCUUCCUUUGGUUCACCUGAGAAUUUCUGAUCAGAAGAUCAAAGGGGUUUUGGAGCUAAUUGACAGCAUUCCUCUCCCACAGAAAUCCAGUGUUUCAGUUUCAACUGCAAAGGCUCCGGCCAUUCCUGUGGUCUCUGAGGGAAGGAAAGACUUCCUUGGGGCCACACGAUUGCUGGAAGAAUUAGAACCAGAAUCCGACGAUGAAUAUUUUGAUUUCGAUGAUUAUCCCCAACAACCGGAGAAAGUGGUUCCCCCCACCAAAAAGCAGCUGAAGAAUGAAAUUGAAACUGUUCAGGAGGAGCUGACGGACCUGCAAUUAAAAUUUGAAAUUAAGGAGGUGAUUUUGGAACUGACCAAGCAGCUGCAGAGGGAAGAAACAAUACUCGUAUUUAACGUGCAGCAGCUUGGGAUGGAAGCCACUGCUAGGACAUUUGACCUGAAAGCUGAGACUUACUUGAGAAAGAUUAGCCUGAAUUAUUAUGAAAUUCAAGGUAAACGGCAGCAAAUUCAUUUGAUCAGUUCAUCGGAUGUCUCCGGAUUAGACCUUUUGAAAGUAGAAUAUAUCAAGGCCGAUAAAAACGGUCCAAAAUUUCAGACAGUUUUUGACAAUACCGAGCAAAGAAUGGAGGUGACCUUCUCCUCCCUCCAAGUGGUGCUGCACACCCAGGCUCUUCUCUCAGCUCUGGGGUACCUCAUGGCGGUGGUCCCAGCAAGGGAGAAGCAGCCCCCAGCCCUGCAGAGACGGGAGGAGACCCAGAGGACGGAAUCUACGUGGAAAGAAGGCAAGGUGAAAGAACCGGUGCCGUCGGCUGGAGCCCCAAAAUCCAGCCUCUCGGAAGAAGCCCAGAAGGAUGAUAAGACCAGCCUCCUGCUGAACUUUGAAAUAAACAAGGUCUUAGUUACGUUAACGAAGCAAGUGGAAAAGCAAAGCUUUCCUUUGUACAGGCUCACGAAUUUCCUGAGCAACUUCCAAAUCGCCACCGAGGCCUUGAGUGCGGCUACGGUGCAGGCCGCCGAGAAGGCCGCCACCAGCAUGAGGGAUUUCGCCCAGAGGAGUUUCCGCCUCGCCAUGGACAUCAACCUGAAGGCCCCCGUCAUCGUCGUCCCGCAGUCUUCCGUCUCUUGCAACGCUGUGGUCUUUGACCUUGGGCUGAUUAAAAUACAGAACCGGUUCAGCCUGGUGCCGGCAGAGGAUUGCUCACUGCCUCCCAUCGUGGAUAAAAUGGAGGUUCACCUCACCCAGCUGAAGCUGUCCAGGACAGUCUUGCAGCGAGGGGCUUCGCAGCCAGACAUUCAAAUUUUGCGCCCCAUUAAUCUGGACCUUUCGGUCAACCGCAACCUGGCCGGGAUGUGGUACCACAAAAUACCCCUGGUGGAAGUCCAAGGUUACCUUGAUACCAUCAGCCCGGGAGGACUUCAUCAAGCUUAUGAAACAUCUAUUUACUAUUCCAAAGGAGACCCGUUAAAUAUUAUUAGUUCUUCAGAUGAAUCCGGCAAGCAUCUUCUAAAGAUGGAAUACGUUAAGGCCGAUGUUGAUGGUCCUCACUUUGACACCGUUUACAACAGAACAAAGCAGUUGCUGAAUGUAUCCUUUUCUUCGUUAGACUUAAUUUUGCACACCGAAGCCUUGCUUUCUAUCAUGAAUUUUUUCACAUCUGCCUCAAGUGGUAUCACGCCAGCUGAGAAGGGGGCUGAUGUAGAGCGACCAUCAGAAGACCCCAAAACAGCUGUUGCAAAAUCAGGUAUCGGAGGGUUGAUAUCUCUCUUUAUAGAGCCAAGGUGGCACAGUCUCUCCACCCGUUCCCCUUUCAUUUGUAGGGCGGUGGUGGGGAGCAGCCCUCAGCCAGAGAUCGAGAUUUUGCAGCCGGUCAACCUCCAGCUCUCAGUUCAGAGGAACUUGGCCUCCGAUUGGUAUCUGCAGAUUCCGGGGAUCUCCAUCCAAGGAGACUUAAAGGCCAUGCUGCUGCAGCUGCGCCAUCAAACAUGUCGGUGGUCGCGCACAUCUUGGACCCAGAAAUUGUGUUUGUGGCCAACUUGACCAAGGCCGAUGCGCCGGCCUUGGCAGCUUCCUUCCAGGGCAGCUUCAUGCUGUCGGGCGGCUCCGAGGCGAAGCACAUGACCGCUCGGGUCCUGGACCUCAGGGUUCUGGCCUGCCCUUUCCUCCGGGGGGCGGCGAAGCAGAACGUCACCACGGUGGUGCAGCCAUGCUCUUUAAUUGUGGAAGCCACGAUGGAUACUUCCGGAGUGCAAAGCGUGGAUGUGAACAUGGAGACCUUGGUUGUGAAAGUGUCGCCAAUCAUUCUCAACACUGUAAUGACUAUCCUGGCUGCUAUGAAGCGGCAGGCCAAGGAGGAGGAAUCUGGAGGGACCCCUUGUAAUCCUGUGGACCUCUGGAGCGUCAAAUCCGUAGACGAGUGCCAGAGUUGGUUCCUGGGCGUCGACAUGGCCACGGAAGCCACGGAAGCCUUGGUAGCCAGCGAGCAGAGGGAAAAAAAGGAACAUUUUGUGGUGGUGGUGAAGUCGGUUCAAGUCACCCUGGAGUGCGGCUUGGGACAUCGUACCGUCCCUUUACUCUUAGCGGAAUCUGCAUUUUCUGGAACGGUGAAAAAUUGGUCUUCUCUCAUGUCAGCCCAGGCUGAUGUGACGCUGGAGAAACCUCAGCUUCACAACAGCCAUUUACGCCUUGGAGAACUGGGGCUGCAUUUCAUGAGGUCAUCGGGACAAAUGUUUUCGGACGGCUCUCUAGAUGUCAGCACCAAGAUGGAAACGUGCACCUUGGACGAUCUCAGAGAAGGGGUGGAGAAAGCAACUGCAAGAAUGCUGGCCAGGAGGGAUGGUAAAGCCGAGAGCGUCAUGAUUGAUAUCCGCUACAAGCAGGAUAAAAACGGGGCCGACAUCGUAGCUGUCUUGGAUCAGCUGUAUUUGUGUGCCAGCAUGGAGUUCUUGCUGACGGUGGCCGACUUCUUCAUUCAGUCCAUGCCUGCAGCCGGAGCGGCGGAAAAACCGGCCCAGUUGGCUUUGAAGGCGUCUUCCCAGGGAAAGCCUAGGCCUGAGAAAGAAACAAAGGGGAAGGGACAACAUGAAAGAAAAUUGUUUUGGUGCAAAACAGGGCCGGAAGGCUACAGUGAGGUCUCAGGGGUUCCCAUCGCCAAGCCAGGGCGGAGGCUCCAUGCUGUGAGAGCGCCCCAGAGCAGCUCCUCCAACUCGGUCGUGGUGCAGAUAGACGCAGAAGAAGGGAACAAAGUGAUUACCCUGCGCUCCCCUCUCCAGAUUAAAAACCACUUCUCUGUCCCAUUUAUAAUCUACAAAUUUGUUAAGGACAUUAAACAGCUGAGGCCUUUAGGUGUGUCUCUUCCAGAAGAGGAAUUUCAUGUUCCCUUGGAUUCGUAUCGAUGUCAGCUGUUUGUUCAGCCAACAGGCGUCUUGAAGGGACAAUAUGAGCCAUCCACAACCUACAUUUCCUGGCAGGAAGAACUGCACAGGAGCAGUGAAGUUACCUGUAUGCUUCAGUGCCCAGCCGCCGAUGCCCGUUUCCUGCCACUCCGCUUGAAGGCCACGGCCGUGCCCGAUGAGCUCAACUUCAUCGCAACCCACAAGGAGAACUGGGAGCCGGCCUACAUUAUUCAUUUCUACCCCACGCUUACCCUGCAGAACCUUCUGCCUUACUCUCUGCAAUACAUCCUCGAGGGCACCGCGAAGGCCCACGAGCUGCACGAAGGAAGUGCUGCCGAUGUUCUCCACUCGAGAAUCAGCGGGGAGGUCAUGGAGCUGAUCGUGGUCAAAUACCAGGGCAGAGACUGGAGCGGGCGCUUUCGUGUCCAUGAUGCCCUGCCGGAGUUCUUCCCUGUCUGCUUCACCUCACAUUCUGCCGAAGGGGCUACGUUGGAUGUUUACCUUCACGUCAAGAAGUCCAGCACCCACACCACCCUCUCGGUCUAUAGUCCCUACUGGAUCAUCAACAAGACUUCCCGGAUCCUCCAGUACCGCGCCGAGGACGUUCAUGUGAAGCACCCAGCAGACUUCCGGGACACCGUCUUAUUCUCCUUCAAGAAAAAGAAUAUUUUCAGUAAAAACAAGAUCCAGCUGUGCAUCUCCACCAGUACAUGGUCAAAUGGUUUCUCCCUGGAUACAGUGGGAAAUUCUGGAUGUGUGAAGUGUCCAGCCGGCAACAUGGACUUUCUGUGUGUUGCAUUUUGGCCUGAAAGUCCCUCUGGCAAGCUCUGCAUCAGAGCCAGCGGCUCCGAACAAUUUUCCAAGCCCUUCUUCUACAACCGACAGGACAACGGGACCUUGCUGAGCCUGGAAAAAAUGAACACGGGUGUCCUGGUGAACGUCAGCCUGGCCGAGCAUUCCAUCGUUAUCAACGUCUCCGAUUAUUAUGAGGGGGCUGCCCCUGCGUUGGUCAUCAACCAGACUUCGUGGGCGACUCUGAAGUACCAGCAGAGCGGCCUGCAGGAAGUGAUGGAGCUGAAGCCGAAGGAAGUUAGACUGUUCGUGUGGGAAGAUCCUACAGGGAUGAGAAAAUUAAGUUGGAACUAUGCACAAAACACGGGUGAACUGGAUCUUCUCAAGGACGAGUGUGGGCAGUUUCCGUACAACGCCAACACCCCCAUCCACUGGGUCUCUUUCCUGGACGGGAGGCAGAGGGUCCUGCUGUUCACGGAGGAUGUGGCUUUGGUGUCCAAAGCCAGGCAGGCCGAGGAGAUGGAGCAGCCUGACCAGGAAAUAAACAUCGCUCUUCAGGGCCUUGGCCUUUCCCUGGUCAACAACACCCGGAAGCAGGAGAUCUCUUACAUAGGCAUCACCAGUUCAGGCAUCGUCUGGGAACUGAAACCAAAGCAACGGUGGAAGCCCUUCAACCAGAAGCACAUCAACCUCUUGGAACAGGUUUAUCAAAGGCGUAUCUCUGCGCAGAGCACGGAGCCUUCCGGCUGGAUUAAGAUCAACAACAACUUUGAGAUAAACUUUGAUAAGGUGCCAAUGGAAAUGCGCCUUCCAUUCAGAUGCAUAAUCAAGCGAGACUUUCUGUCGGCCAUCCAAAUUGAAUUCAAGCAGUCGGCGCAUCAAAAGAGCUUACGGGCUCAGUUAUACUGGCUGCAGGUUGACAACCAGCUCCCUGGUUCCAUGUUCCCCGUGGUGUUUCACCCUGUGGCUCCUCCCAAAUCCAUCGCACUCGAUUCAGGUGAGAUGAAUUUCAAGCACCAGUUGACCCACAAACUCAGGGGUACCCAACCUUGGCUCGCUUUCUUCGAAAUCAGAUAUCAGUUUUACAAAAGAAAUGAAUUGCUGUGGAGAGUCAUCGGCCAUUACAGAGGGCAAUUCCUGAAGCAGAUGUACAUCCUUGUGUUGGGGCUGGAUGUCCUGGGCAACCCCUUCGGCUUAAUCAGAGGCCUUUCAGAAGGGGUGGAGGCCCUCUUCUACGAGCCCUUCCAGGGAGCCGUCCAGGGGCCCGAGGAGUUUGCCGAGGGCUUCGUGAUUGGCGUGAGGAGCCUUCUUGGCCACACCGUCGGGGGUGCAGCCGGCGUGGUGUCCCGCAUCACCGGCUCGGUCGGAAAAGGCCUGGCCGCCAUCACCAUGGAUAAGGAGUUCCAGCAGAAGAGGCGAGAGGAGAUGGGGCGCCAGCCGAGGGACUUUGGGGACAGCCUGGCCAAAGGCGGAAAGGGCUUCCUGCGGGGAGUUGUUGGCGGAGUAACUGGGAUGGUCACAAAACCUGUAGAAGGUGCCAAGAAGGAGGGUGCGGCUGGCUUCUUCAAGGGCAUCGGGAAGGGACUGGUGGGAGUGGUGGCCCGCCCAACCGGGGGCAUCAUUGACAUGGCCAGCAGUACCUUCCAAGGGAUCCAGAGGGUGGCCGAGUCAACCGAAGAGGUCUCCAGCCUGCGCCCCCCUCGCCUCAUUCGCGAAGACGGGAUCAUUCGGCCCUACGACCGAGGCGAGGCUGAGGGUUGCGACUUGUUUGAGAACUCCCACAUCAAGAAGCUGGAGGACGAGAGUUUCCAGCACUAUUGUCCAGUCGUAGGAAGAGGAAAAGCCUACAUUGUGGUCACCAGCAGGAGAGUCAUCUUAAUGAAAGAAGUGGAGAUCCUGGGUCACAUGACCACAGACUGGGAUUACCUAUAUGAAGAUUUUACACGUCCCCCUUGGACAGAGGAGAACCUGCUGCAAAUCUUCGUUAAGAGAACAUGUCAAGCCAUUGAUGCGGCCGAAGGCAGCAGGCACCAGCAGACCCUGGUGAAGCAGGCCUCUCUGAAAAGGAGCACCUCCAGGACCUGACUGGGGCGUGGAGGGUCUUUGCAGGCUCUGCCCCCUCCUGUAGGAAAUCCCUGGCCUCAGCUUUAUUCUCUCUAGAUUUCAGUCGGUUGUGGGGGUGCUUUUAGGAAACCUGGACAAUCGAGGAGACCCCAAGGAAAGAAACCCCCAGUUUCCUUCUGCUUUCAAUCCCCUUUUAAUAAAUUAAUCAAAACCCCUUUCUACUGCCUCCGACAGAAAGUAAGUUUUUCCGUGAGCCUCCUAUCCGGUCUAGCCAGAGAGAGGUUUCUGUAAUGCAGAAGACAGGCUCUUCCUUACUCUCCAGGGACGAGUGGAUGAUGAUAGCCAUGCGGUUGUAAUCAGGGACAGACCUCCCUUCUUCAGGCCGGUCAGUAAAGAAUGCCUAAUUAUGUUCAUCGCUCUUAUUUAGAUUUAUGAGAUACAGAAGUUUGGCUUAGAAGACAAAUUCUCUGCACAUUUCCACCAGAUUCUCUGGCGACACAGAAAAAUACCUAGGCUUAAAAGAACGAGCCAACACGUUCCACCUCACACCACCAAACGCAGAGGUUGGAAGCCCACCACCCUCAACUCCCACUGCCUCUCAGCUCCCUUAUCUCUCCUCCAGUGAAGUUUAGCUUGGGGUUCAGCAGCACCCAGGCGCUCGCCAGGGAUCAGGCCCCGUGUGGCUCAACCCCUCUGAGAAAGACUCCUCCAACUAUUCCUGCCAAAGUCCUCUUUGGAGGCAACGUAGUAAAUCAGAUGGGCUGCCAUGGAGGCAUUUCUGCUCCACCUUCAAUAUUUCCUAGGCCCAAUGAUUUGUGUUUGGGGGGGUGGGGGGAUUGCUCUCUUUUUUUUAGGUGGCACCUUCAUACUCACAACAUGCUAGUAUUAACAUCAACAUGGCCGGAACUGGUUAAUGACAUUAUUAGCUCCGUUUAUAAUCUCAGCACAUCUUAUUUACACCCCAGAAUAAUCCUUCAGUGCCAAAAGAGUUUGCAACGAACAAGAUACAGAUUUAUAUGCCAGCAGUUGCAGUCAGAUUAGGCUGGAAUCACUGCCCCACGGAAAAACACAGUAGCACAAACUCUUAUUUACAAAACAGCAGGAUCAAUGCCUAAAUAAUCUUAGGCUCUUAACGUCGAACUUUAAAUGAGGCAGAAACUCUUAUGGCCAGAUCAGAGUGAAGCAGAUAGACGUCUUCAAACUUACCUAGUUCACUCAGGGACUUUGGCUGUUGGUCACAGAAAAUGUACUAUUUUCCUGUGUUUACCUUUGUUACGUAUACUGCCAAAUAAAAAUAUUUUAUAUGCAA